AUGGCCCUACUCGCAAUUUCAAAUGUUUCAUCUACAAUAACUUUUUCUUGUAUUGUACCUUUCCUUCCAACAGAAGCUACAAAACGGAAAGGUUUAAGUACAACACAAGUUGGAUUUGUUAUUGGCUAUUAUCAGCUUAUUCAAUUUAUUGCCUCCCCUGUUAUUGGAAAAUAUAUGGCUGUUUUACGAGCAAACCGAACAUUUGUUGGUGGAAUUAUACUUUGUGGGCUUAGUUCAAUAGCAUUUGGCUUUGCCGAUUAUUUACCUUCUGGCCCAAUGUUUUUCUUUGGAUUGUUAGUUUGCAGGACGACUCAAGCUCUUGGUGGUGUUGGUUUUAACACUGCUUCUUGGACAAUUGUUGGGAGAUUAUUUCCUGACAGAAUAAGCUUAGCAACGGGUAUUAAUGAAGUUGCAUUUGGUCUUGGAUACACUUUAGGACCAGCUAUUGGUAGUGGUUUAUAUGAAGUCGGUGGAUAUAUUUUACCUUUAUUUGUUGUUGGAUCAGCGCAGUUGUUGCUUGUUUUGGGAGUUCUACCAUUCUAUCGAGGCCUUUUAUCUGAAGGCUCAGAAAUCUCAAAUGUCAAUCAACAAGAAGAAAAAUCUCCCGGCAUAGUAAAAAUGAUUUUAAUCCCUGAUGUUUUUAUGGCAAUGCUUUCUUCAUUUGUUAUUUGUAUUGCUUGGGUGUUUUACGAACCUGCAAUAACUGAACAUCUUUCCACAUUCAAAGGAAGACCUUCCGUCAUGGUUGGAAUUAUGAUGAUGAUAUUAGCGUGUUUCUAUUUAAUUUCAUCGCCAACAUGGGGCUGGAUAUUUGAUCGUUAUAUCGUGCAACGCUUUUCACCUUCGCUUGUUAGAUUUAUUGGAGGAGCAUUAAUUGCUAUUUCUCCUAUAUUAAUGGGUCCAGUACCGUUUCUGGGAUUGGAAAAGAAUUUAAUUCUGAUUGGAAUCUCAUUUGCAAUUCUUGGAAUAGCCUGCGCUAUACUUUAUGUUCCUGUAUUUAAAUGGUGUUUGGAUGCUGUGAAAAAUGAAGGAUACUCAGAAAAAUCCUCAACUACUUGUGGGCAAAUUUCUGGAUUUUUCCUGUCAUCCUUAGCACUUGGGUAUUUUUUUGUGAACUUAAAAAAAUAUUUUUGA